AUGGGAUCACGUUGGAAUAAUUUGAAAAAUUCAGAGCAAGAACUUCAACGACUGGCUGUUAGUACGACGUAAGGAGUAACAAGAUUUUAAAAGAAAAUUUUUGACAUAUGUAAAGAAAGUUCUUGCUAUUUUGUGUUUUGUAAAGAAAGUUCUUGUCAUUUUUUCGUUUGUAAAGAAAAUUAUUGCUAUUUGAUGUAUUGUAGAAAGUUUUUGUUAUUUUUCACAAUGAAAACACUUUUCAGGACAUUUGAGCCAACUGUUCAAAAUAUUCAACACGUUAUUGAAUCGUUUAUUCGACAGGAGAUUUUACCAGGUGGGUAGUUUUGUACAUGGUACGCAGUAACCAUCAUCAAUCUAGUAUAACAUAGUAUUUUACAAUAAAAAAUUUAUGUAAAGAAAAUUUUUACUCGUUUUAGUCUUGUAAAGAAAGUUUUUGCCAUUCUUCGUUUUGUAAAGAAAGUUCUUGCCAUUUGAAGUCUUGUAAACAAAGUUUUUGCCAUUUUUAAUACAAAGCGCAACAUUUUAGAAAAUCAAUAUUUGUGUCACUACAAAAAGCUCAAAAGCCCUCAGCCAAUCCAGCUAAUUUGCGACUUGGGCUGUUGUCAAAAUGGUUGUUGUGGGCUAGAAGACUUGGCUCACUCUUCUGUUGGCUAUGGUUGGGCAAUUGGUCUACUGGUACUGUUUGUCAUUUUGGUACUAUUUGUUUCGAUAAUCUACGCUUUACACGCUUUAAUUAAACAGAAAAAACCGGCUAUCCUACCGUAUCAAAAUGGCAUAUACGGUAGUGAGAAUUCGACAGUAAAUGGCCCUAUUUACUACGGUACUGGAAACUUGGCACCGCAAUACAAACAACAUUUUUAUCCGUAUAAUGUAUAUUGA